AUGGAGACUACAGGAAAGCACAAACUGUCAAACUGGAUGAAAACCCAAAUGAGUAGUUCAUUUGCAGAUGAAUUAGGCUGUGUCACAGAUGCAACUGAUAAGGAGCAAGAUGACUUACCUUAUGAUGGAGAUGUAGGAAUAACCUGUAAAUACAGCAAUUCCAGUAAUUUGAAAGACUGUACUUGUACAAAAGAUAUUUCUGGUAUUUUAAACUUCGCCUGUUCUGAAGAUAACAAAAACAUAAAAGCAACGGCAAAUUAUGAAACUCAUCCACAGCCUGAAGAAUUCUCCAGUCACCAUAGAGGUGCCAUAGGAACAAUGGGAAUUUCAGUUGAAACACCUGGAAGUGAAGCCUCCCUUAAGAAGGAAUUACCUGUCUGUGGUUUUAUUAAACCAGAUAGCACAGAACAUCUACCUAACUCAAAAAUGUCCAGUGUCCUUUUGCGUCAUUUUUCUAAGGGAGAGUUAAUAAGCACAGGACAGUUAAUUGAAUGCGAGACAAUACCAGAAGCAUCCUUUACCGAAAGUAUCGAUGACACUGUUAACAAACCUGAGCCUUCAGAACACCUCGAAGGCCCUUUAGCACAGGAACAAUGGGCAACCAGUUUUGAAUAUCACUUGGAAAAGCACAAGGAAAUAAACACUGGUGAUAAAAACAAAAAUUCACUAAAUGAAAACAGAUGUGUUUCAAAGAAACCUAUUUCUUCUACUGGUAAGUGUGGGUGCAGACAAGAAAAUUCCCAAUUGAUUAAUGAGAAUGAAGAUACACGUAUCUUUCAAAGCAUGGAAGAAGAGAGAGACCUGUUUAAGAAAACAGUUUCACCUUACGAGUUCAAAUACGACCAAGGUCAAGCUCACUAUUGCCUUCCUGACUUCUCUGAAGCUGCUUCAGAAUUUAAAGAACCAAAACCAAGUGACAAUAUUAACUCAGUUCCUACAACUGAAGGAACAAAAUCCUUCCCUAUUUUGCCAAGUAAAUCCCUAAUCGUGAACCACAUUCUAGAAAAUAAGUACCAUUUAAACUCUGCUGAAGUAGAGAAUCAAGAAGAAAUGACCAUUCCAGAACUGUUGCAACAGCUACAGAUGCUGACACACCACACUGACACCCAGAAUACUGACCAUCUGAGACUGAAUCCUAAGAUACUUCCUCAGGCAGAUUUUCCAGAUGCCAGCAUUGCCAUUUACUCAGGAGGCACUGGGACAUCCUCCGAAGUCUUUACAUUACCUGCUCCUGUACCCAUACAAUCUACACAUGGUUUGUCUAAAGCAAGAUUACAGUGUGGAACAACAGCAUCAGCAUUACCAGCAGCGGGUACAGUAGAAGCACACUGCCUAGAUCUUUCUAAUUUACUGCCAGAACUAACACUAGGAGAAAAGAUGUCUCAAAUACUAAAGGAUCAGACAGAUGAACUAACAAAGAAAGUGGAAGACUUCUCUAAGCUCAUGACCCAAGAAACAUUCCUUUUACAAAACAACUAUCUGGCAUUAAAUCAAUUGAAAAGAUACCUUGAUGCCUUGGAAAGGAAUUACUUAACAGCUAGAGAAAAGCACCGUAAUUUGCAGCUGCAGAACUACAAGGACAAGUCUAUCAACGUUGGAGAAUUUGAUCCUGAAAGAAAGGUGGAAGGGGAAAUAUUUAGACUUGGCAUGCUGCUUGAAGACAUUCAAGAACAGACUGAUGACAGCAAAUGCAACUUGUCUUCUUUGCUUACUUCUUAUGAAUCUGCCCAUUCAUCAUAUUCUCUUUGUGAGAGCUCAGUAGUUUCAAGCAUUGCUGAUCCUCCAGAAAGAAGAGGCAGUGAAACUGCAUUGCUUCACAAGGACAGAGAGGAAGAAAAACGUCAGACAACUGAUGUAAUCCCACAAAGAAAUCCAUUUUCUUUAGAAGGUGACAAGUGCGAUUUUUGUCUUCACAUAAAUACAGACACCCGGGAAAGGAAAACCAGAACAUGUUCUCUCUUCAUUCAGAGAAAACCAACUGAUUUAUCAGACACCAACCUGAGUAGCGAUUCAGAAGACAUCUCAGCCUAUGAUUCUUGUAACGAUUCACAGAGCGAGGAACUUGGGAACUGUGAGACUGAAAGUUACAAAACAUUCAAUACAAGAUUACAUGGAAAGAGAAAAGGACUUAGAUGCAGAUGUCCUAGAGAAAGCAGAGAUCAAUUUAAACUCAGGAAUUGCAAAGAGUCUGUUCAGUCUUGUGCCCUAUGUAGAAAUAAAAGGUCUGGUUCAUCCUCUUAUGCACAGAAGAGAAUCUUCACUCAAAAAGCUCAAAAAAAUAAACAGUCACAUGGACUUGUAAACAGAUUUUCUGAAAGGCAAAACUCUGAUGCUGCCAAAACCUGCUAUUCAAGCACAUAUGAUAAAAUUGUCCUUUCACAUCAAUACUUACCCAGCAAGAAGCCCGCCCGAAGCAAAUCUACAAUCAACAUCAGAAACAGAAAUGCCAAUGCUUCCAAUGCAAAUAUUUUAAGUUCUACUCUGGAUCAUGCCAUACACACAGCGAACAGUUUGAAGAAAGCUACAGAACGAAUGGUACGAGCAGUUUCAGAAGAUCUAGCUAAAGUUCAAAGAAAGCAGCUUUAA